AUGCUCAACGACGAUGUCCUCGCGCUUGUAUGCCUGAAUCUCACUCCCAAAGAAAUCUCCUGUGUUCGUCAGGUUUGUCGUGCCUUUAACUAUGUUACACGGGCUCGGUCACUCUGGUUAACACUUCUACGCGACCUAUUCGCUGAAGGCGCCAUUAUUCCGCAUUUUCUACCGAAACUGGAACAGCUCGACGCAUCAACACUCGAGCGUCUUGUUUUUCGGUUGAGCCCUGAACUCGAAGAACCGGAAAGAGGAUACCCCGCCACCCUUGCGAUAUUUCAUCUAACACUUUCGGUGACUUGGGUUCGACUCAUUGCGGGAAACUGGCUGUUUGUCGCGGCUUCGAACGAAUUCGAAAGCAAGUUGUCUUGUUACGACCUUUCCGACCGUUCUGCAAGUGGCACAGCCAAUGCUUACCUACCUGGACGGGUGAAGACAGGCAACGUCGAGAUUCAAAAUGGCGAGAUAGUUUUAGCUCUGGGACUUGGAUCUCAAGUUGAAGCAGUUUUCGUGGUUACCCUUCGCAAACACAAACGGAAGAAUGUUCUUUGCGAGCUUGCUCGUUUAGAGGGCUCCUCGCAUGUGUUGAUGCUUUCUGGCGACCUGAUUGGCUGUGCUAUGCGAGAUGGCGUCAGCAUCCCUCAUCUAUACCGUUGGAAAGACAACACAAUUAUCGACAUCGCUCUGCCUCCUGGUGGUCUUGAUGUUCCUGCUCGCAGGAGCGUGCCUCACUUCAUUACGAUCUGGGAAAAAACUCUGGUCAUUGUUCGCUCCCGAUGCAUCGAGCUUUAUGAUGUCGGACUUGGACUGCGAACCAUAUCGUUUCGGAAAAUCAUCGAAACCUCCUCUAUUUCCGAAGUCGAGCUGUACUCGCCAGAGUCAAGUCGAUCGGCGUCUCUGCAAUUAAUCGCACUCUCCGCAUCAGGAAUCGACAUGAUCUCGCUGGACUGCCUCGAAGAUGACGAUGUCCACAUUGAACGCUAUAACCUUGUCGAUCUCCCUCCCGUUCCACCUGAACCUGAACCGGAAGAUGACUUUGGGUUCAUACUAGUCUCUUCAAUAAACUACCCACUGCUCUAUGGGUUGCGCGUUGGGGCUUCGUCCAUGCGAAUGCUCUGGUUUUCAGCAGCCGAAGCAAGCUUGGGGCUGCUGCAAAUCUUUAGUAAACAGAUAUCACCCAUUCAGGGCGACAGUAACGUUCUGUUGCUCACAGACCUCGACGACCCGAAGGCGCCUGCGUUAUAUGGUCUUUCUGUCACCGACUUUGAUGAUGUGUUGGGGCUUGUUGUUGUUGGAAAUUGCUUCGGAGAAGUCGCUGUAUUCGACUUGACUGCGAACACGGAUUCAGUCAGGUAUCCUCGUUUGACCCCUGACCUUGCUGUACGGCCCGGUCCUCUUCCGCAAUUACUAGCGUCGGAUAUCAUAAACCUAACCACCGACGAGUGCGACCCUUCAUUGAGCCACCACGCAUUGAAUUGGUGUCAAGAUCGCCUUGACCUAAGCCCUCACUGGGAUACAACAAAUCUUGCUGAUGUUCCCUUCAAUGUUUGGAUGUGGCAUAAUGUCCCUUGCGAUCAUGCCUGGUUGGUUGAACAUCUCCAUGGCUUUCCUGGUGAUGUGCUUUUGCAAGCGAGACACGAGGAUUUAGGUGACGAGACUGAAUGCCUGAUCUUUAGAGUUGGGAGGCGAUAUCUGCUCUACUACAAUGAGGAAGAGCCGCGAUUCUUCUCCUGGCCACUUGGUACGACGAAGCUCGAAGGGCCACUGCCCCCCGACUAUGAUGCCCCUUCGGCACAGAUUCCUACUUGCGAUACGGCACGAACAGCUUCAAUAAUGUGGCGACGGUUUCAGUGUGACGAGGAAGGUAGCACUUAUUUCCCGCGACGCAACCGCUGGCAGGAGCUGCGGGAGCGGGGAGGUCGACCUCCAUGUGGUGUUUGA